AUGUUAUUCAAUCUUCCACAACGUAAAACCCUCGAAUUGAGUACAGAGGGCAACAUUUUCCGCAAUCCUAAUUGCAUUUACUUACCCAAUCAUUAUCCUACAAAAACACCACCGAAACAAUCGCAAGCGACCACACCAUCUUCAUAUCGUACCGAAAUCUCGGGUUCUUAUGCAUCACUUGAUUGCCCAUCGCCACCUGGCCCACCAAUACUCUCAGAUAAAACCAGAGAUCCACAAGCUAGGCUAGCGAUUUACUUGAAAACUCUGUAUAUAGACCUGUCGCUUAAAGAACCAAUUCUACCAACAUGGGUACAACCCGUGGCACCUGGUGCUCUCUGUCCAGCUCGUCUGGAGCCGGAGCUACGUUUAAGUAGCUUAUCACAUGGCCUUAGCGAAUGUAUUUCGGUUGAUCAAAUUCUCACUGCUAUUCAUACCAAAGAAGGAACAUUUCUUGAGGCACCACGACGAAUACUUAUCGAGUGCCCCUCAUGGCUCUCGAAAAGUUCAUUAGCAUUAAGAAUAUUGCACUCGUGGGCACGCGAUCCACCAUGGCCACAUCGUGGACAGCCUGUAGCUUUAGCACUUUUUGUACCACUAAGUGAAUUAAAAGGAACGUUGCAUAAUUACAUUAGUAAGGAUUUGUUAUCGAAAGGACCGGCAAAUCCAUUUUUAUCUGGUUUUGGGUCAUUCAACUCGGCAUGGCAUUCUUUAGAAUUGUUGAAAGGAAAAUUACUUUUCGUUCUUGACGGUUACGAUGUUUCUCUAACGAGAGCACAUUCCAAAGCUAGAAAAACAACAAAAAAUUCACUAGACGAUGUCAUUGACUUAUUGGAAGGAAAACUUUUUCCCGAAUCACGAGUAAUUUUAAUCGGAGUGGCGUCUCAAUGCAUGGAUUUAUUACCAUUCAUGCAGCGUCACAUAAAAUACGAAGGUCUCACAUGGGGUCGUUCAGCAUCACUUCUAGGAGGAGGACAGUGGGGGGCACCGACUCGUCUUCUCGAUAUUGUUCAGAAUUCACUUUACUUACGUAAUGCAAUUCGAACGCCUUUGGCAUGUUUGGCACUUGCUGCCGUAUAUGAGACAAAUGGCGGACAACUUCCGACAGAAGAAAUUGAUGUGAUUGACGCGAUAAUCAAUUGUGUUGCACCAAAUGUCCCUCAAUCACACAUUGCCGAGCUUGGACGUUUGACACUUUUCUGUUUGAAGACCAAGAGAUCAACUUUCUCAACACAAGAAAUUCGAAUGUAUUGUUCGUCACCUGAAUCGCCUGUCAUUGGAUGUUUUGAGAAGUCGUCGCUGUUUGGAAAGACAGCAAAGCGGAAAGGCGAGUUUCAUUACACGCCAAUAUGUCAGGGAAUCUUUGAGUUUUUAGCAGCAAAUUAUUUAGUGUCACUCGCUAAUCGACCGGGCUUGCUUGCAGCUGAAAUCACGGGAUUAUCACUCGCUGAUGAGCUCGAAGCUGACAUUCUGAAAGUUUUGAAAUUUUCAAUGACAUUGUUGGGCAAUCGAGCGCACGUAUUGUUAUCGAAACUGACAACAUUGUGGUUGAGUCCACAAACUGUUUUCUCACUCGCAUUGGCUGGCGGUGAGACAGAAGCAAAUUUAAAUGCACUUAGUGAUAUGUUAGGCAUUUCGAAAGUUCCACCAAUUUCGCCACUAGAAACGAAUCCAAUUUGGGUGUCAAUCACAUCAUCAAUAAAUGAAUUGCAGGGAUGGGGAUUGGCACUUAAAUCACCGGUGUGCGCACUGAAAAAUCUUGAAUUAAUGUAUCAAGUCGAGAAGACAAUUCAGCUUGAGUCACGUACUGCUAUGGAUAUCUUCCUUGACGCUCUCUCACGGAAUGAAAGCGUCACAACAUUAAGAAUUUCAUCACUUAUCGAAAACGAUGUAAGAGAAAAUGACAUAAACCAUCUUGCGACGUGUAUUUCGAAAGCUUUAUUGAAACCACGUUUAGAAAACUUUGAAUUGAUUCUCACACUUCUCGAAGAAGAUCCGCCUGCGAUGAAACUGCAAUCAGUUGUUUCAGCAUUAUGUAAAUCAAUUCCGAGACAGACAAAACUGGUUUCCGUUCUACUCGAUCUCGGUUUAUGUACAUCGCAGCUCGUUCAAAUAUGUGCAGCUUUAGAGAAAUGUCCACAUAUUAAUCGUCUGUCUUUGCCACAUUUACGAUGUGAACGAGGUGCUAUCAGUGCAUUAGCAUCUUUGUUGAAGAAUCGACCUCUCUCGUCGCUUGCAUUGCCAGCAUGUUGGGGUGCAAGGGAUGAUCCACCUUCAUCAAGUGGCGUCAGCAUGGGUUCAGGAAGUGCAAGCAGUAGUGGAAACUCGGGAUUAAUUAAACAAGGUUCAUUGACCGGAGCACCAUCGCCAAGAGCUUAUCCUCCUGGUUUAUUUUCAUCGCUUCCAAGAGGUGUUCCACCCACAUCAACGCUUGGUCGUUCACAAACAUUACCAAGACAACUGCUUGAAGGGCCACCAGACAAACGAAGUCAAGAUUCGGUGAUUUCAAGAACUUGGUAUCCGACACCAGCUUGUGAUGGUGGACCACAUAACUCUGGCACACUUCAUGAUCUACUUUAUGCUGCUCGAGAACCUUACUCACGACUGCAUGGUCUCGAUUUAAGCAAGGCUCAACUUUCACUUGAAGAUUCAAUGUGCUUAGGUGAAACGGUUCGUGUAUCGUCGACACUUCAUUCAAUCAAACUCGAAGGUGCUUCACGAAUGAGUGAAAUUCUUCCAACUGUUUUGGGUGCUGGCGAGUCACCAAGUUUGCAAAUGUUGAGUUUAGGAUCGCCACGACUGAUACUGGAAGAUACUGCGAUAACAAUGUCAGCAAGGGCACUUGGUAGCUGUAUAACUUUAAGGCUUUUAAGCUUGGAUGGAUGGAGCUUUAAAUUUGAGAACGUUUCGACUUUAGCACAAGUUCGAGGCUUCUUAGCGUUGACGUCAAUACGAGAACUUGGAUUAUCAAAUUGUCGAGUUUAUCUUCCAAUGUUCAGCAAUGUGGUUCAAUUAACACCCGAAUCAUAUGAUUGUCGAUCCAUUGUAGUAUUAAAGCUUUCAGGAACGCAGAUUAUUCUCGCAGAUCAAACGCCACUUCGAGGUCCACAACUUCUUCCAUAUCUUGGUGGUUUUCAAAGCUUGAGAGAAUUGGAUUUAUCAGCUCCAGCUCGUUCCGGGCUGGGGAGUUCAACAUCCGCUCCACCGUUGAUUCUAGACGACAAGAGCAUUACAACUUUCUUCCAACAUAUAAACCAGAAGUUUGGCCAUCUUAACACUUUAAAAAUCUGUAAUUGGAUAAUUCAUCUCGAUGAUGCAACCAAAACAUUUAAAUCCAUUUCGAAGGCAUUGAAAUCGUCAACAAUAAGCCACAUCAAAAUUGACGGCAUAUCAGUGCUUGACAGAAAUAAGAAACAUCGUGUGGAGCCGCAAUUUUUACAAACGCUUCUAUCAUCCGUUCCAAUGUUGAGAUGGAUUAGCGUGAGUCUUUCAGGCGUAAGCGAGGAGCAAAUGUCUUUUAUUGGAAAUUCUAUUGGAGACAUUAAAUCCAACGAGAUUGACAUAAGACUCAGCGACUCCACCAUUGAAAAUGUUCGUUUAAUGACCCAAUCAUUGAGUCUCGACGGAAAAUUCGAUAUUCGAGUUUCUACUUUUGGCACAUCUUCAAAUAUCCUGGUACAUGUUGAGAAAAUCGGAGUUAAAAGCUUGUCACGUAAACACAAAGAUUAAAUUCACAAAAAUCCUUUCAUGGAAGGAAAAAUCAGUCGUUUUGAUGUCGAGAAAAGAAAAACUAAAAUAAAUUUAUGCACAUAGAAAAUUGUUUUCUUUCUUACAAAACUUGAAUUGUUUGGAGAAGAAAACUGAUAAACUUUUUAAGAGAACAUUGACGAGAAGAAGCUUCUGCUGUCAUUGCAUUUGUCUCGUUAGGAGUUUUCCUUUCUUUUCUACUGAUAAGAAUAAGAUUCAUUCAGAUCUAUGAAAUUUUUCAUUAUUGUAAAAGUGUUAAGCUUUAGAGAAUUUCACUUAACAGUUUUGUUGGAUGAAAAGUUAUAAACUUUUAGGUAAAUCAUUGUCAUUUACAUAUUAUACGGCUCCAAGUGCCAAGAAUAAGAAGAAGAGAAAAUUGUUGAAUUUUUGAGUAGGAGAUGAAAAAAAAAGUAUUUUUCGCAUCGUUAGUUCUUAUCUUACGUCUCAAGACGAACUUAGAGACUUUUCUACCAUUUUUCCAGCAACUAUUUUGUUUUUGUUUCUGUGAUUACACAUUCUUUAGUCAUUGUAUGAUUUAAUUAAACUUGAGAUGUUCACUGAACUCUUAAUCAUUAUGGAAAUGUGAUGUUUAAACAUCGCAUAAAAAUUUCUUAAUGAGGUCGAAGAACAUUUUUUUCUUACAUUUAUGGAAUUACAACAUUUAUCGCAUCUUUGAACAUAAUUAUAAUUGUCUACAUAAUCCUUUCGAAUGGAGGAAACUUUUUUGCUACCGUCGCAGUUGUCAACUGUGAACUAUCCAUACUUAUUAAAGUUAGACUGUGCAUUUCAUCUUGAGCAUGUUGUCUUGGAACUUUGAAGUUGCCAGGAAGCAAAUGGAGCCUAUAGUGUUCAUAGUAGAAAAGAAUUGCUGAGAAUGGCAGAGUUUGUAUCAAAAAGAAAAAGUUAUAAUUAAGUACAAUGUACUGCAAAAUCUUUAAAUUUUGUUUGAGGAAAAUUACUUUUGAACUCAGCUAACUGAAUUAAUUUAUUAUUAACAUGAAGAGAUUUUCAGUUUAUAAGAAUAAGUUUCUUAUCAAAGCUUUUAGUUUCUUAAUUCUUUUCUACUCCAUCUUCAAAGCAUCACAUUGAUAAGAUUGAUUCGAAGAUUUUUAGAUACGCAAGAGAUUGAUGAAGCCCGAAAUGAUUGUCUGCAACUUGAAAUUCUGACAACAUACAACACCAUGAAAAGGUGAAAAAUUCAAAUUUAUUAUUGAUAAGUAGGAAAGCUAUCUGUUUAGCAUCUGAGAGUUUUUCUUACUGUUUGAGUCUGUCUUUUACCCACAACAACUUUACACAAAUGCCCACAAGUUUACCCACAUAAAUUAAAUGUUUUUAUAGUUCGAAAUUUAUACCAAAUGUCAAUAUCUCUUUAUCUUUGUCCUCAGAAUCUAAACUUGUUCUUGAAUGAAUAAAUAUUAUAGUAUGGCUGUGUAUACUACAACUUGUAAUGAUAUUUAUUUUAAAACCAAAUGAACAACAUUUAAUUUAUUUAACCGAGUAAUUUUAAACAGACAUGUACCGUAUGUUGUUAUAUGACAUAGUAAGACGACAAUAUUUAGUAAAUUAUUUGUUAUGUAAACGCUACACGAUGUUCAUUGAUGAAGAAAAAUUAAAUGAUAUGAAGUCAGAAUGGUAUUUAAAUUGAAAACCCAUUUAUGUUUCUGCUUGAAAGCAUUUAGAGACUAAAAAUAAAUAAAAUCAAGUUUUUACAUUGCUAAUGAACAUAAAAUUGAUUAUUGAAUUGAAAGUUUCGUCAUGCAAAAAAAUAAAAUAAAAAAAGAAGAAAAAUGAUGAAAAGAAUUGUUGUUUUAAAUUGAGAUGAAAAAAAUAUUUACGAUGUACUAUUUAGUGUUUAAGACAAAAUGAUAAGAUAAAAAUGAUGUUUAAAGUUUAUUAGAUAAAUGUAUAAUGAAAGAUCAUAAAAUUACAAAUGAAUAAACACGUA